ACAUCGUGCCCGUUGCGCUCCCGCCAUGAGGUCCCUCCUCUGCCUGCUCCUGGUUCUCAUCUCCCUUUCACUCGUGUGUCAUGCGGCGCACAACAAGGCGUGCGACAUGAAGAAGGACGCCGGAGACUGCGAGGAGGCCUCCACCAAGUGGUUCUACGACAGCAAACUCAACAAGUGCCGACUCUUCGUCUAUGGGGGCUGCGGCGGCAACGACAACCGGUUCGACACAGAGGCCAAGUGCCGGGCGCAGUGCGUCCAUUCCCCGAAGGCGAGCUCGGAACCAGGGCGACAGCAGAGCAAGCGACACUGACGGCAACGGCGGUCCUCGGUCGGUGCGACUCAUUAAAGUGACUCCACUGGUCAA